AUGGGCAUCUGCUCAUCCUGCCUAGGGCGACAGCCCUCCGAUUCUGAGCAGUCCGACAGUUCGCAUCUCCUUGGGGACGCCUACCACCAGCAAUAUGGCAGUAUCGCAGCCACCAGCUCACACAAUCUACCUCAACCAGAUCCCGAAGAAAUAAGACGCCAGAGGGAUGCUCUGGAGCGGAUCUGCGCUCAAACCUCUGACAAAUUAAUCGAUGUAUCACAAACUACACACGCCCUCGAUGGAUCCAAGACGGCCGAAUACCAUCGCCUCUUUAGCGAAAGAUUUCCUCCCCUUCCCUCCAACAGCCGACCAUCAUCCGCUGAUGCGCAUGAGAAUGAGGACGAGUCGACAUGGCUCAAUGAAGUCGUGAGCAACACAAAGGACGUUGAGGGCAGCUGGGGCCGUGUCGAACCCAUCGAUACCGGUGCCCUUACAAUACAAUUCGGCGAUGCCUUCGCUGCAGAUCGAAAGCCAGUGCGGUGA